AGCUCAGUCGCCCUCUACAUAAUGCCAGUUCUCGCCACAUCAUUGAACUCCUCGCUUGGUCCUGCCGUCUGUCGUGUAUGCUUAUGUGGAGAAACAUCAAUUCCUUAUCUCGGGAAAUCUCCUGGAGAGCCUUUGAUCUCUCCAUGCCACUGCAAGGGAACAAUGGGAUUGUAUCACCGCAGCUGUUUGGAACACUGGUUAUCCAUAUCGCGAACUUAUUGGUGUGAAAUCUGCAAAUUUCGAUACGAAGUUGGAAGGCGCAAGCAAGGUUUCCUAUCAUAUAUUCGUAAUAACUGGCAUUGCUAUGGUGCAAGUAGUGAAGGUCAUAGUAUAGCGGGAGACUGUGCUUGUCUCUUGAUUCUGUUGCCGCUCACAAUUGGAGGAUCCAUUCUCUGCCUACAGAGUGCUGCUGAGAAACUUCAAUAUGUGAAUGAAAAGGGCGAUUUUGAACGAGUACACGAAAUAGUUGCGCUGGGGUUAAUGGCUUUGUUUCUCAUAGUCAUUUUCGGCUUUUGGGUGGUGUUUAUGGUGAUGUUCUACUCGAAGGAUUUCUAUAUGUGGCAGAAGAAAAAUAUGAUACUAUAUGUGAUUGAUCAGUUGGACAGAGAGGAAGAGACGAGUAGUCGACUACACAACCGCUUAAGCGAGUCACUUCGUCCUUUGCUAAUCAAGAAAAAGCUGAAAAAGUUUUUUUGCUGUGGUUGGAGUGUUCCAAUCAAGGAAGACACUGUGAUUCCGCUCCGAGAUGCUAUACUUGAUUUGAAUCCGCAACUGGUGGAGGCAACCGGAGUUUCAUUCCGUUCACCUCGACUACCAAUUGUAACUCCUGCUGCGGGCCCUAUACUCGUUUCUCCGAUCUCAUGCGCUUCUAAUGUUACAUCACUAGCUGCUGGACCCAAUCUGUCUACAGCGAUAUUAGUCAGUACACCAACAGCUUCAUUUAAUAUAGGUGAAGACACUUUCGAAGUGCCAACAAUGUCCACAUUUCGGCCACAUUACACUAGUGCUAGCGCCCAAAUGCUUGUGUCUACUCCUCUUAGGACUUCACCACUAUCAGUGUUCGAUGCAGUGGAGGAAAAGCGAUUAGAUAUCGCGACUCCUUGCGACACUUCAACAGAGUCAGAUACAGCAACUGACUCUGGGACUGAUGUCCCAGAGUCCCCGAUUGCUACUCCAAAUGAACAGGAACCUUGCAUACCGGAGGCGUCUACACUCGUCAAGUCAGCUUCCACUCUAACAGCACAGUCUAUUUCACAAGGUGACGAUCCGCGACUGCAAGAGCGACGAUGUCCUCUUUGUGGAGAUAUAAUACUUAUUACAAAAGAUCGUUUCAAACCAUGUGAUUGCGAAACUGUCGUCGUUUGUCAUCACGGAUGCAUGGUGGAGCGUUUACAGACAACCAAAGUGUGCGAAGUAUGUGGUGCUUCUUACCAGUACGUUGAGAUUCGUGCUAAUUUUCCUCAAGAAAUGCAGCGCAUGGUUUUCGGACCUGAUGGAUAUACUUCAGCUGAUCAGGCUCUUCUUAGAGUUGACUCUUCUGCUUUCAAGCAUAUGUCAAGUACACCUAUAGGAAGCUCACACGUCUUACCUAUGUUUGAUCUAGAAAGAGCGCUAUUCCCAGCUAUCAUCAAAACGCAGGUCUAUCUUAGGCAGCUGAAAGAUGGAGAGUACCCCAAAGCCACGUACUAUUGGUCAAACCUGCCAGCCACGCAGUACUACAACUUCUUUUACUUCAAUAUAACAAAUCCUGACGAAGUGCUUUACUAUGGAGAAAAGGCACGGUUGGUCGAAUUAGGACCAUAUUCGUGGGCCGAAACCGAAUUCAAACAAGAAGUGGAAUUUCGCGAUGACGGUAACACGAUUUUCUACAAAAACAACAAAACGUGGUCCGUGUUGUAUAUGAAACAACAGCAAAAAUUCGGAAAACUGAUAACAAAAGUGAUGAACCUUUUACUCCUACUUUUAGGAGAGUCUCCUUUGAGGGUGGUAACUCAAGGUGGCGUGUCAUUCGAAUCCUAUCCUGAUCCAUUGAUAACUCUGAUCAACAGCAAUCUCACAAAGACGCUUAUGAAUUUUUUGGGAAAUCCCAUACCUCUCCCCAACGUACCAGCUAUGGGCUACUUUCCAAAUUAUAACCACACCUGCGAUGAAAACUACAUCAUAAAGACAGGAAAAGACAACACUGACAAUUUGGCACUAAUCCAGAAAUGGGCGAAUAUGUCGAAUCUGCCAUGGUGGGGAGACGCCUACUCAAGUGACAUCACUGAAAGCGGAGAUGGAACCUUCCAAAAACCUGGAUUAAAGAAGACCGACAGGCUGAAACAGUUUCAAUCCUUCACAUGCAGGUAUAAUCAAGAAGAUACUUUGUUGCCCUUGUCACUUUUACGAGACUAA